AUGUACGUCAUCGACGAUCUGAACUGGGAUAUGAUCCUGGGUAAACGAUGGAUGGAAGACCAGGAUGUUCACAUCCAUGCGAAGGAAGGAUAUCUCGAGAUCGGGUCCAAUGGAGUUCAAUACCACAAGUGGUCUCGAGCUUUCUCUCAGCAACUGGCCGACCAGCUGCCCCCUCAUCGGCCAGGUGUGGACCUGAAGAUCGAAGUGCUGAAAGACGAGCAUGGCCGAGAGAAGCCCCUACCCUGGGGACCGCUUUACAGCAUGUCCCGCGAGGAGCUAUUGAGUCAGCAGCUCGCCAGCCGCGGCACCAGUCCUUAUGAGGGACCGCUAUCCCUUGCCCUUACUGAGCGAGACCUUGCGAACGAUAGCCAAGGCAAGGUGGUUCACCAAGCCUUUCAGCGGUACAUUAACAGCGCGCUCCAGGAUUACCUAGACGAUUUUGUGUCAGCAUAUAUCGACGAUGUCCUGAUCUUCUCCUCUGGAAGCCUGCAAGACCACCGCGACAAGGUCGGCAAGGUCCUCCAACGACUGAUGGACGCCGGGCUGCAACUGGAUAUCAACAAGAGUGAAUUCGAAGUCAAGGCUGUGAAAUACCUUGGGUUUAUCAUCGAGGCGGAGUGUGGGAUCCGAGUCGACCCUGAGAAGGUUGAGGCUGUGAAGGAAUGGGCAACCCCGACGAAUGUUAAGUCCGACGUGCCAUUCCGUUGGGAUGAAUUGUGCGAAGAAGCCUUCGAGAAGCUCAAGGACUUGUUGAUCACGGCCCCGAUCCUUGCACACUUCCAUCCAGAAAGGGAGACUAUCGUGGAAGCAGACGCUUCAGGAUUCGCGUCGGGAGGCAAACAUUCGGCAGCCGAAGCGAACUACGCUAUCCAUGACAAGGAGCUACUCGCCAUUCUCAGAUGUUUGGAGCAGUGGGAACCAGAGCUACGGGCAGUAGAGCACUUCAAGAUCCUAACGGACCACAAGAACCUGAGGUACUUCUACUCGGAAAGGAGGUUGACAGAGAGACAAGUGCGGUGGUCGGAGUUCCUGUCCAGGUUCCAAUUCGAGCUCGAAUGGAGGCCGGGCCGCAAGGGCGGAUUGCCUGACGCACUCUCUCGACGGGACCAGGAUAUGCCGGCCAACUACUCCGAUGAACGACUAAAGGGACGCAUUAUGAGGCUAUUCCAAAAUGAUCACCUUAGAAGGGUCCCAAUAUCGACAUUGUCUACCAACACCGAGGGUGCCCAGGAAAUCAACUUCGGAAAAGAGAUCAGGAUAUUUGAAGAUGAGGAGUUACAGCAGCUGUGGCACGCCGCACGAGAACGCGUCUGGAUACCCGGUUCGGAGCCGCUACGUACAAAGAUCAUCCAGGAAACUCACGACUCUCAUAUCACCGGACAUCCUGGAAGGGACCUCACGUACUCGACUCUGUCGAGACGCUUCUUCUGGCCGGGUGCCGCUAGCGAUAAGCGGUUGCAAGAAGACUCUUCGAACGACACUACCCUGUCCAUGGCAUCCCAACGGCUAUAA